AUGCAAAAGCUGAGGCUUGUUCGUAAUAUGAGGGCUCAAUCAGAUCCAUGGUUUUCUAACUAUCUGCUGCAUAUCGGGAAUGGCACUGAAGAAACCGUGAAAGAUGACAAUGUAAAGGUACCCAAGGAGAUAUGUGUGCCUUACACUGGUGCAGAAUCUGACAUUGAUGAUCUUAUUGAUAGAGUCUUUCCCAUGUUAGCAACACACAUGUCCAAUUCAGACUACAUCACAUCUCAUGCUAUUUUGACAACAAGAUAUGAGAACGUCGAUGACAUAAACAUGAGGCUUAUCGAACGCUUUCCUGGUGAUGAGAUGGUCUAUCACAGUUAUGACCUUGCAGUUGAUGAUCCUAACAACUACUACCCUCCUAAAUUCUUGAAUUCUCUAACCCCAAUUGGACUACCACCGCACAUCCUCAAGCUAAAGGUCAAUUGCCCUGUGAUUUUGCUCAGAAAUCUAGAUCUAGCUAAUGGUUUGUGUAAUGGGACAAGGUUGAUAGUCCCAGCAUUUCAAAGGAACAUUGUCGAUGCAAAAAUUGCGUUAGGCCAACAUGCUGGAAAAAGAGUAUUCCUACCAAGGAUACCUUUGUGCCCAUCUGAUGACGAAAUGUUCCCCUUUAAGUUUAAUAGGAAUCAAUUUCCUAUCAGAGUGAGCUUCGCAAUGACCAUCAACAAAGCACAAGGACAAACUGUCCCGCAUGUUGGAAUCUAUCUACCUAAUCCAGUUUUCUCCCAUGGUCAGCUCUAUGUCGCCCUGUCGUGA